CGAAGCCUUGACCCACAACACUGUAGUGCGGAUUCUAGGCUUAGCGGAAAAAGCGCGCACGCUCCCCGCCGCUCGUUCACGCAGCGCAACGUAACCACACAAAGAAAGUACGCGCAACUUUUGCGCGACAAACCACCUAAAACACAUCAUGGAUUUCCUCGAGUAUCCGGACGUGUUCAAAGAAGACCGCGGCGCCAUGACAUCGGGCCGUCUCAAGAUGACAAACCAGGCGGUCGUGUUCAAAAACAGCAAGACCGGCAAGGUAGAGCAAGUGCAGGGCCCCGACAUCGAAAGCAUUGACUGGCAGCGGCUGGGCGCCGGCUACGGGCUCCGGAUCAUGAUGAAAAACGGCACCAUGUACCGCUUCGGCGGCUUCCAGGACGACGAGCAAGACAGGCUUGCCAAGUUCUUCAAGCACCACUUCGAGAUGCCGCUGGGCACCCGCGACCUGUGCCUCAAAGGUUGGAAUUGGGGCACGGCGCGCUUCGAAGGCAGCGUGCUCUCCUUCGACAUCGACAGCAAGAGCUCCGCGUACGAAAUCCCGCUGGGAAACGUGUCGCACUGUACCACAGCCAAGAACGAGGUGACGCUCGAGUUCCACCAGAACGACGACGCCGCCGUAUCGCUCAUGGAGCUCCGCUUCCACGUGCCCACAGACCCCAACUCGGACACGGAUCCGAUCCAGGCAUUCCGGAACAACGUCCUGUCCAAGGCCAACAUCAUCCAGGCGACCGGCGAGUCCAUGGUCACCUUCAAGGAGCUCCAGUGCCUCACGCCGCGCGGUCGCUACGACAUCAAGAUCUUCCCGUCCUUCAUCCAGCUCCACGGCAAGACGUUCGACUACAAGAUCCCGCUCACGACGGUGCUGCGUCUCUUCCUGCUGCCGCACAAGGACACGCGGCAAGUGUUCUUCGUGCUCAGCCUGGACCCCCCGAUCAAGCAGGGCCAGACGCGCUACCACUUCCUCAUCCUGCUCUUCAACAAGGAGGAGGAGACGAGCAUCGAGCUCACCAUGUCCGAGGAGGACAUCCGCGACAAGUUCGAGGACAAGAUCCAGAAGAACAUGUCGGGCCCCACCUUCGAGGUGAUCAGCCGAGUCAUGAAGGCGGUCGUCCAGCGCAAGAUCACCGUGCCGGGCAACUUCACGGGCCACGGGGGCACCAACUGCAUCACCUGCUCGUACCGGGCGGGCAAUGGGCUCCUGUACCCGCUCGAGCGCGGCUUCAUCUACAUCCACAAGCCGCCCGUGCACCUGCGCUUCGACGAGAUCGCCUGCGUCAACUUCGCCCGCAGCGGCGGCAGCACCCGCUCCUUCGACUUUGAGGUGGAGGCCAAGAGUGGACUGGUGCACACCUUCAGCAGCAUCGAGAAGGAGGAGUAUGGUCGGCUGUUCGACUAUGUCAGCGACAAGAAGCUGCGCAUCAAGAACCGCGGCAGCCUGGGGAACACCACCAAAGAGAAGCCCAACUACAACGACGACGACCUGGUGGACUCUGACGCUGAGGACGCCCCAGACGCAUACCUGGCCCGUGUCAAGGAUGAGGGCCGGCAGCGCGACGAGGGCGACUCGGACGAGUCGUCGGACGAGUCUUUCAACCCUGGCGAGUCUGGCAGCGAGGUGGCCGAGGAGUUUGACAGCAAUGUGUCGGACAGCUCCGACAGCGAGGAGGGCGGCGAGAAGGAGGCGGGGGGCGACGGGGAGGAGAAGCCCAAGAAGGAGAAGAAGAGCAAGAGUGCCAAGACGGUCCGGGAGCCCGGAAUGGGCCCGCCCCGGCGCCGCAAGCCCAAGAAGGAGCGGGACGAGAACAAGCCCAAGCGGGCACCCAGCGCCUACUUCCUGUGGCUGGCCGAGAACCGGGAGCAGAUCAAGCGGGACAACCCUGGUUUCGGCAUCACGGACAUCACCAAGAGGGCUGGAGAGCUCUGGAAGACGGUCACCGACCGGAGCAAAUGGGAGGAGGCCGCCGCCAAGGCUGCCGCAGAAUACAAGGAGGCCAUGGCCGCCUACAACGCGACGCGCGGCAAGAAGGCGGGGAGCAGCGGGGAUGAGAAGGAGGAAGAGGGUGGGGAAGAGAAGAAGAAGAAGGCUCCGAGGAAGCGCAAGGAGGCCGGUGGCGAGGAUGACGCCAAGAGCGCCAAGAAAACCCCGAAGCCGGCGGCCAAGCAGACAAGCUCGCCGAGCAAAGCGAGCGGCGGGGGCUCGUUCAAGAGCAAGGAGUUCAUCGAGAGUUCAGGAAGCAGCAGCGAUGAAGAGGUCAAAAAAGAGGACAAGAAGGCAAAGUCUCCGUCGCCCCAACGUUCGUCUCCCGCACGUUCGUCCCCUGCACGUUCAUCGCCCACGAAAUCGCCUGCCAAGUCGUCCAUCAAGUCGGGCGACGAAGAGGCGUCGGCCAGCACGCCAGAAUCGUCCGAGAACGAGGACAUGUCGGGUUCGGGCAGCGAUUAGUGACGAUGUUCGUGCAGUGGUUACAUUCUGUUCUUUGUUCACUUGUAUUUUCUCAUUCACACUGUUGAGGUGGCUGUUCCAAGGAACAAGUUCCCUUUUGUACAUAUAUGACAAAUAAAUUGCGCACUGUUUCUUUUGAGAUAAAA